AUGACAUGUGACUUGGGCGACGUCACUGCGAAGGCGUCAUCGCCGGCGGUGCGGCGCGGCGCGGCGCCCGCAGCGCGCGGCGAAAUGCGUUUCCCGAGCAACCUCUUUGUGGGCCGGACGGCCUUACAAAAGCACCGCCUAACAAUAGCUCUGCGUUUGUUUCAGAAGGUGCACGUGUCGAGGAGGGACGAACAUCAAGGCAACGGAAAAACGGGUGCGGGGUGGGAGCAGGGGGGCGGUGACGAGGGUGGAGACGACGUGGAGGCCGCGGUAUGGGCGGUGGUAGGAUUUGCGGUGCGAAGGCAGUGGGAACAUCGACGGUCGUGGUACCAGAUGGGGGUAGUGGCGGUGACUGUGGGGGUAACAAUGGCGAUGGCGGGGCAGCAGUGCACGGUGUAUGAAUAA